UAGAUCAUAAACUCGCAUAUAUUAAACGAAAUAAGAUCGUAAUUGUCAAUAGCGUGGACAGCAUGGCGGGCUGUAUUUCUGUGAAAGUGAGACAUAGCUCAUGAAAUUGUGUGAAUCUGUUGCUUUAUGAUAAUUUGUGUGCAAAAUGGAUUGGAAAAGUACAAAAAUGCUUUUAGCAUCAGCUGCUGCUGUAGUAGUCGUUUCUCAAGUGGCGAAAAAAAUAUGCAAAUAUAUUUUUAAUUCAAGCAAACAUACAGAAAAUGAGGUGGCAAAUGACGAUACGUGUAGUGAAGUUUUACAGAUAAAGAACCGCGAAAUUAAUGAUGUGAUUUUAUUUUCCGAUGACAUUGUUCGGCACACUAUUAGAAUUCCACCCAACAAAGAAAUAACAAUUUGUGAAAGUAGAGAACUUAAUUGUUUUAAGUUGAUCAAAUAUAUUAAAUCAGCGCGAGAAACUCUCGAUGUGUGUAUGUAUCUAAUAACAAGCACCGAAAUAACUGAACAAAUAAUAAGAUUAGGUCAAAAACAUGUUUUAGUGCGUAUUGUUGUAGAUAGUGAUAUGGCAUAUGCUCCUCCGUCACAAAUCAAAAGACUAGAGGAAUACAGUUUCAUUCAAGUCCAGACGAAUAAAAGAUCGAUAUUAAUGCACCAUAAGUUUUGCAUUGUUGAUGGCCCUAAAGCAAUUAAGCGGAAACUUUUAUUAAGAGCACACGCCGAAAAAUUGAACGUGCAUGGACAUUUAAGUAGAAAAUUUACAAACCAACUUCCGAAAAGUAAAAAUACCAAAGGUUUCGUAAUGUCUGGUUCACUUAAUUGGUCUACUCAGGCGAUGAUAUCAAAUCAUGAAAGUGUGAUCGUAACAUCUCAUCCGAAUAUAGUGGCUAAAUUUGAAAAAGAAUUUGAAAGUUUAUGGGUAGAAAAUGAACCUGCUUUAAAAUCAACAUGACACGCAACAAUACGAGCAUAUUUUGUAUUACUAGAUGGAUGCACGAAUGAUGCAAUGCCAAAUGUGCAAUUGUGAAACAUGUGCAAAAUAUUGUUCAGUGUAUAUAAAACAUUACAAAAUUAAGUGUGCAAACUGUAAAUAUAAAAGGUGAUAAUUUAAUCACGACAAUUGAUCAAAGGUAUUUGUUUAGUUUUCGACAUGUUUGAAAAAGUGCGCUUUGGAUGCAGUGUUUUUGUGCUUUUUACUUUUGGAGAUGCUGCUGAAAGGAAUGCUGAUGUCAUUCUGCCACACGUCGCUAGAUGGCGUUGGUACGUUUUCACCAAGGUUUUCUUACCAUAUAUGAAUAACGUUAAAGCGGUUUUUUCUACAAGAAACAUAACGUGUCAACCUCUGCCGACGCCGUCGCCGCGUUUGAUAUUUGCAGCAUCGAUAUAUCGCACAAUGCAGAAAUUGAAGAAACAUCGUCCCAGUCCGCCGCUUUAUCCGUGUUACUUUUUAAAGUGUAUAUAUUCAAAAGUCCUAGAAUUUUCUGGAACUGCAAAGAGUGUGCAGUCAAAACUGAUCAUAGGUAAACUUUGUAUUUUAAUUCUGUCAUCUUUGAGACCUUGUGAUCGUUUUUACUGCAAUCCUUGUAGUUUUUAGGAUCUUUAAUUUGUGACACGAGACGCUUUAAAUUAUUUGUUACGUCCACCUUAUUUUAUGUGUAGUUUUAAGGUUCCAGAGGAAAUUAUCAAAACGAUAUUACUUAUUAAUAAAAACCUAGUAUUCAAAUAGACACGUUGCCGCGUUUUUUAAAUUUCAUCUGGAAUCCUGACCGUUUCAUUAUGUCGCGUAGAAUUAUUUUUUGUUGUUUUAUGUAUUUUUUUGUAUUGAAACGUGUUUUGAAUAUUAUUGACUAACAUAUACUAAAAAUUCUAACGCAUGACCUUUUUAUUUUACAAUUACAACUGAAGCGUGUGUACUAUAGCAUGACAUCAUAACAAUUUUUAAUCAGUUUUUGUUUUUAUCAUUUAAAUCAUGUUUAAAUGUCUAGACAUUAGCCUCGUUGACUUGUUUUAAUUUUAUAUUUGAUUCAAUUUGGUAUGAUUAUGUUUAUAUAAUGUUUACUUCAACAAUUUUAUAAUCGAUAAUUGAAUUUUAAUGAAGGUAUAACUUGAGUGAUCUGUCGUCGUACGGCUGCUGUACAAAACUUGAUUUUAGGUUUGAAUUUUAUCUUAAAUUCGAGUUUUAAUUUUUGCAUGGCAAUAACCCCGGGGAUUGCAUUCUAGUUUUUUUUUAUUGUGAA